UACCAUAUAUAUGCUACAUCUAUCUAUCACCCCCUCUUCCCUUAUAAGUUUGAACUUCAAUUUCAUCUUCUGCAAUUCUUAUUGGUGGAUCUGGGCACUCCACAUUCUUGAAUUUCAAAUUUCUCCAUCUUUUUGAGUUGAAAGUUUUGAGCUUUUUGUUGUUUACAUAUAUAUAUGGUUUUGUGAUGGUGUGAAUUGAAGUGUGAGUAUUAGAAUGGAAAAUUAUGAAAUUCUGGAGCAGAUUGGGAAGGGAUCGUUUGGUUCUGCACUGCUUGUCAGACACAGACAAGAAAAGAAGAAAUAUGUUCUGAAGAAAAUUCGACUUGCUCGACAGACUGAGAGAACCCGCAGAUCUGCCCACCAAGAGAUGGAGUUGAUUGCCAAAGCAAGAAAUCCAUACAUUGUGGAGUACAAAGAUUCCUGGGUAGAGAAGGGAUGUUAUGUAUGCAUCAUCUUAGGGUAUUGUGAAGGAGGAGAUAUGGGAGAAGCCAUCAAUAGAGCAAAUGGAGAACUCUUCUCUGAGGAGAAGCUCUGCAAAUGGCUGGUGCAAUUGUUGAUAGCACUAGACUACUUACACACAAAUCAUAUUCUUCACCGCGAUGUCAAGUGUUCAAAUAUAUUCCUAACGAAAGAUCACGAUAUACGUUUAGGUGAUUUUGGUCUUGCUAAAGUUUUGUCCUCCGGUGACCUAGCUUCUUCGGUGGUGGGAACUCCAUGUUACAUGUGCCCAGAGCUUCUUGCUGACAUACCUUAUGGUUCCAAAUCAGAUAUCUGGUCUUUGGGUUGCUGCAUGUAUGAGAUGGCUGCUCACAGACCUGCAUUCACAGCAUUUGAUAUGCAAGGUCUGAUCAACAAGAUAAAUAAAUGCAUAAUGGCUCCACUUCCCACAACUUAUUCUGGUGCAUUCCGGGGGAUCGUCAAGAGUAUGCUGAGAAAAAACCCUCAACACAGACCAAAUGCUGCAGACUUGCUGAGACACCCCCAUCUUCAGCCUUACGUCUCGAGGAUUAAUCAUGCAUUGGACACUCGCCCUGUAAACAGCACUGGUUUCGACAAUGUAAAGAAAACAAGAUUUGUUGAGCCUAAAAGUAGCAGUGAUAGGGCCUUGAAGCCUGGUGUUUCUGAAUCAGAACUAUCUCUUAAAGCUCAAGAUUUCCUCAGCUCUUUGAAUAAAAAUUUAUCGAAACCAUCCAUGGAAAGUCCUUCCAGUAUACCAAAGUUUUCAGAGUCCCCGAGGUUUAUAAGUUCGAAUAAAACCUCUGCAGCUCCUAGGAAAGAGUCUCCUCCAUUGAAGAUAUCCAACCCCGGUUCAACUCGUGAACUUCUUCCAGUUUCACACACUCCGGUCAGCAAACGAUCACAAUCAGCGCAAAGAUCUUCUCCCCGAGUGUCAAACGGGCCCGCAAAGGUGGAGCCACGACGCAAACAUAACGUUAUUAGUCUACUUUGCAGCGUGGACUCUCUUGGUGUGUCCGUGAACGCUCCAAGAAUGGACAAAAUGGUGGAGUUUCCCGCCCCGAAAACGCCAUCCACGAUGUCUUCAGACACUGGGGGUGAUCGAUUGAUAACGAAAGAAAUGUGCAUAGUCCAGAAACCAGAUGGCAAUGGAAGGGAAUGUUCGAAGUACAAUCAAAGAUUCGACACGUCAUCGUUCCAGCAGCGGGCCGAGGCGUUGGAAGGGGUCCUCGAGUUUAGCGCACAUCUGAUGCAACAAGAGAGGUUUGAAGAGCUUGCAGUGUUGCUGAAACCAUUUGGGCCUGAAAAGGUUUCCCCUAGGGAGACUGCCAUUUGGCUGACAAAGAGUCUCAAGAACACUACAGCUCAACCUUAUUGUAUCAUGUGAUUAAUUGUUAAUUAUGAUGAGUGCAUGGAUCAACCACUCUAAAGCUUGCAUUUUUCCUAUAAGUUUGAUAUAUAGUGUGAAGAAGGACAAGAAGAUAGCAACAAUCACUUGUUCAUGAAAGAUAAUAUAUACUACAUACAUGUUUCAAAA